ACUUGAACAUAUCACCAGAGUUGGCUGAGGUAGAGGAGAUGCCCCCUAGUCGACCUUUGACCCCACAUGAACAGAUAGAUAUUAUGAUGGCAAUAGAACACGAGGAUGAUGUACAGACAGGACUACCUACAGACAGAGAUCUUGAGAGGUACUACUACUACGUAGAAAAGGGUAUUAACAAGUCAAUGAUUGCUGUGCCAGACCCCAGCAUCAUGAAAAAUGUAUGUAGUAUGGUUCCCAGCGGGCUACUUACCAACCAUGAACUUAACCCAAUGAUCCAGGACUUAUCAGAGGAAAUCAACCAUGAUUAUGAAUACAGUAUCAGAAAGUCUAUAGUUGAUUAUAUCCUCAAAGACAGUGAAGAGAAAGCCAGGUUACACAUCGCAACAGUGCCAAAGUCAUUUCCUCAAAGGAUAAUCCGAGCGCCUGUGCCAUGGCAUGAAACAUUUCUGGAGAUGAAAGAGUACAACAGGACACAUUUGUUUAUAACCAACCCAAUCAUGCAGAAAAUACAGGACAUUUGGUUUGAUGAGUUCAUCAAUUUGAGGUUCAUCAAUUUGAAGGAGUUGGAGCGUGCUGAUCUACCUCUGUUACCAUCAGAGUUUGAAUCUCUGAUCAGAAAGCAGUGCUGGGAGGCUCACGAAGUCCUCAGAAAAAGCUGGAUCCCAACUUGUGCCAAGGUGUUUGUGGACAAUGCUGAGCACUGGCAGUACCUGGUUGGACCGAAUGACUCUGACAGUACGGAGCUUGUACAGGAAUUCUUCUCGGCAGUGGCAGCAGUCAUGUCUGGUCAGCUGAGAGGCAUGGUGAUCAACUCACUUCAUGACUUUCUGCACUUCUUCCAAACACACAAGGAGGGCAACGACUAUGGUGAGGAGUUUGACGAUCUGAGGUAUGUCAUGGCUCAGGUGAUGAUCAUCAAGUUGCGGGUGGAGGAGCCAAAGAUUGUGUUUGAUCCUCCCUUCAGGGAGAUCAGGGACAUUAUACUGAGAUGCUUCUCGGAAAUUAUAGCCUCUGGAGAGGGUCUGAUGAGGGUUGAGUGUCAACUGUUUCCGGACAUGAGAGGACAGAAACUACUGCUUCGCUCUGUGAAGAUUGAUGAAUCACUGGUCACAGACUAUGUAGACAAAUCCAUGGAAAUUUUCAAACUGAACACUGUUGGUCCACAGAAGUACUUGACAACAUACAAGAAGUAUCUGGAGCUACUGAACAACAAGGCUGAACAGGAUGUCUCAGCAUUCUUGAGAGAGUCACACUCUAUCGCAGCAUUCAAAUCUAAAAUCAACAGUUUCCAAGACUUGAAGAACGAGAUAUCACUGCUACGUAUCACUGUGCCGCUCAGUAUGUUCUGUUUAGACUGUGUUGCACUGAACCAGGACUUGGGGGCACGAGCAGAGAAACUGAAGCAAAGGCUGAUCACAUUUGAGAUUGAUGAGAAUAGAGAACUGAACAAAAAUAUCUGCAAGCGGUAUGAUGAGAUGGCAAACAGAGUGAGUGAAGUACCGGAUAAUACCAUAAGCCUUGUUGAAACACAGGAAUAUCUAAAACAGUCACAAGACGUAACUGUUUACAAACUUAAAGAUGAGAUAGAAGAUGCAGCGAACAGACUCAUGUUUCUGUUAGAUUACGCUGUAUUCCCGUAUGAGGACAUUAAGUUGAACAGUCAGGUGUUCCACUGGCCAGACAACAUCAAGGCCGUGUUCGAGCUCAGCCAGAGCAGGAUUAUGAACAAACGUGAACACAUUGAAGAAGAACUUCGCAGCAGGACUCGCGCCUAUGAAGACAGGCUGAAUGAUAUGAUGAAAGACGUGGAAUCCUUCAAGAAGAAGGAGUUUAUGGGUCAGGAUGAGAUGAAGUCUAAUGUAGAACAGCUGGCAAAGCUACAGGCAGGUCUUGAACAAGCUCGUGAUGAUCUGGAGGGUAUCAAUGAGGAAGAACGCCUCUUGGAAUGGGAACAGAGCUUCUUCCCUCAGCUUAACACCAUGUUCCAACUUAAGGAACCCUAUGAUAAACUCUGGAACACAGCUUGGAGUUUCCACCAGAAACACGAGAACUGGAUGAAUGGUCCGUUCACAAGUUUGAACGCAGAAGAAAUCGAGAAUGAAGUCGGUGACAUGUGGCGUACAAUGUACAAGCUGACAAAGACGUUCGGUGACCAGCCGGGACCUCGUCGUAUUGCAGAUAGUGUGAAGGGUAAAAUAGACAAGUUCAAGCAACACUUGCCUAUACUUCACACCAUUUGUAACCCCGGUAUUAGAGAUCGGCAUUGGGAUGCGAUGAGUAACAUCGUAGGCUUUGACCUGAAGCCGCAGCCAGAUACGUCACUGCAUAACAUGCUGGAAUAUGGUCUCAACAAACAUCUUCAGAAACUUGAAGAGAUUGGUGCAGCCGCUGCCAAGGAAUAUUCCCUUGAGAAGGCACUCGAGAAGAUGAAGUUGGAAUGGAAGGACAUGUGCUUUGAAUUGAUACCAUACAGAGAAACUGGUGUAUGUAUCCUGUCCAGUGUGGACGACAUUCAGAUGUUGCUAGAUGAUCACAUAGUGAAGGCACAGACAAUGAGAGGCUCACCGUUUAUCAAACCUUUUGAACAAGAGAUGAAAGAAUGGGAGGAAAAACUUAUCUCUAUGCAAGACAUCAUGGAUGAAUGGCUUAAGUGUCAAGCCACCUGGUUGUACCUGGAGCCCAUCUUCAGUUCUGAAGAUAUCAUGGCACAGAUGCCGGAGGAAGGCCGCAAGUUUGGAAUCGUUGACAGUAUCUGGCGUGAUCUGAUGACAGAGGCAUCCAAAGACAACCAUUGUCUAGCGGCCACAGAUCAGAAUAACAUGUUGAGUAGAUUGAGGGAAGCCAAUGUUCUGCUGGAAGAGAUUCAAAAAGGACUCAAUGCAUACCUGGAGAAGAAACGUCUAUAUUUCCCAAGAUUUUUCUUCUUGUCAAAUGAUGAGUUGCUGGAGAUAUUGUCCGAGACCAAGGAUCCUCUACGUGUACAGCCGCACUUGAAGAAAUGUUUUGAGGGUAUCAGUCGACUAGAAUUCUCUGACCAGCAAGAAAUCCUUGGUAUGGUGUCUGCUGACAAAGAAACCGUGCCUUUCAAUACCAAAAUUUAUCCCGCUAAAGCAAAGGGUAUGGUGGAGAAAUGGUUGCUACAGGUGGAGGACGUGAUGAUCAGCAGUUUAAGGAAAGUAAUCAUCGACUCCAAGAAUGCAUACCCCAACACACCUCGUAACAAUUGGGUGUUAUCGUGGGCUGGACAGGUGGUUCUGUGUGUGAGCUCUAUGUUCUGGACAACGGAGGUUGUUGAAGCCAUGGAGAAAGAUGAUGGCAAAGGGUUAGAGGAUUAUCUGAAGGUACUAAAUAAGCAGAUUGAUCAGAUAGUAGAACUGGUGCGUGGUAAACUGGAAACUGGUCACCGGACAACUCUAGGUGCUCUAACUGUACUGGAUGUGCACGCUCGUGACACUGUAGCUGAUCUUGUAAAGAAGAAGGUACAGAGCCCACUAGAGUUUGAUUGGCUGGCACAGUUACGAUAUUACUGGGAAGAUGACGUGAUUGUACGUAUGAUCACCACAGAUAUCGGCUAUGGGUAUGAAUAUUUGGGAAAUACCCCCAGACUUGUCAUCACACCACUUACUGACAGGUGUUACAGAACUUUAAUGGGAGCAUUGAAGCUGAACCUUGGAGGUGCUCCAGAAGGUCCAGCUGGUACCGGCAAGACAGAGACCUGCAAAGAUCUUGCCAAGGCUGUUGCUAAGCAGUGUGUUGUGUUCAACUGCUCUGACGGUCUCGACUAUAAAGCCAUGGGAAAAUUCUUCAAGGGUCUGGCUCAGGCUGGAGCUUGGGCAUGUUUUGAUGAGUUCAACAGAAUUGAGUUGGAAGUAUUAUCAGUGGUUGCCCAGCAGAUUGCCAGUAUCCAGCGUGCUGUUGCCGCUCACCUCAAGAGAUUCGUGUUUGAGGGGACAGAACUGGCCCUCAACCCUACAUGCACAAUGUUUAUCACAAUGAAUCCUGGUUACGCUGGACGACAGGAACUUCCAGACAACCUCAAGGUCUUGUUCAGAACAGUAGCUAUGAUGGUGCCAGACUAUGCUAUGAUUGGUGAGAUUAGCUUGUAUUCCAUGGGAUUUGUCGAUGCCAGAAGUUUGGCAGGUAAAAUUGUGGCAACAUACCGUCUGUGCUCAGAACAGUUGUCCUCGCAGCACCACUACGAUUAUGGUAUGAGAGCCGUCAAGUCAGUAUUGACGGCAGCCGGAAACCUGAAGUUGAAGUAUCAGCAGGAAGACGAGGCAGUGUUACUGUUGAAAGCCAUCAUGGACGUCAAUCUACCCAAAUUCUUGGCACAGGAUGUGCCGCUGUUUGAGGGUAUCAUCUCAGAUUUGUUCCCAGGAGUGGAAAGUCCAAAACCUGACUACGGUGUAUUUAUGGAGGCACUCAAAGACAACAUUGCCAAGAGAGAGUUACAGCCAGUACCUUGGUUCCUGGACAAAAUUAUUCAGGUAUAUGAAAUGAUCCUUGUACGACACGGUUUGAUGGUUGUUGGUGAGCCUCUUGGUGGAAAAACUCAAGCUUGGCAGGUGUUGGCAGACGGUCUUUCUGACCUGUGUAUAUCGGGACUAUACCCAGAAUUCAAGACUAUAUACAGAAUUAUCAACCCAAAAGCUAUCACCAUGGGUCAGCUGUAUGGUUGUUUUGAUCCAGUCUCACAUGAAUGGACUGAUGGUGUUUUAGCGAACACAUUCCGAGAGUAUGCCAGUAAUCCGAACGAAGACAGGAAAUGGAUUUUGUUUGAUGGUCCAGUAGAUGCAGUCUGGAUUGAAAAUAUGAACACAGUACUUGAUGACAACAAAAAGUUGUGUUUGAUGAGUGGAGAGAUUAUUCAGAUGACAAACCAGAUGAACCUGAUCUUUGAGCCGGCAGAUCUCGAGCAGGCCUCUCCAGCCACAGUGAGCAGAUGUGGUAUGAUCUAUCUAGAACCCCAUCAGAUGGGCUGGAAACCUUCUAAAGAGACCUUCAUGAAACACAGAUUGCCUAAGGGUUUGACAGAAGAGCAGCUUGGUCUUGUCAAUGAUCUGUUUGAAUGGCUGGUUGACCCAUGUCUGUAUUUUAUUCGGAAGAACUGCAAGACGUUCAUUCAGACGUCAGAAAUGCAUCUAGUACAGUCUCUCAUGCACCUGUACCUCUGCCAGAUGGAUGAAAUCAGGGCAACAUUAGAACUACAGGGCAAGGAGGAUGAUGAAGGUGCUCCUCAACAAGGAAUGUUGUCAGCUCAACAGAUGACCUUAUAUCUACAAGGGUUGUUCCUGUUCUCCCUGAUCUGGUCGCUAGGGGCCACACUGCAAGGGGACAGUAGGAAGAAGUUUGAUGGUUUCUUCAGAAAUAUCAUAAAUGGUACGGAUGCUGACUAUCCUAAACCAAAGAGUAUCAAAAUCACAAAGAGUAACACAGUCCCUGAGAGGAACACAAUCUAUGAUUUCUGUUUUGAGAAGAAAGGACCAGGCCAGUGGAUUGACUGGAUGGAUACACUAGACAAGGGACAUGCCACUCUAGCCGCUGAUGCUAAAGUGAGUGACCUGAUCAUUCAGACCAAUGAGACGGCCAGACAAACGUUCUUCCUCCACACAUUCCUGUCUCAUGAAAGACCUCUACUAUUUGUUGGUCCAACUGGUACAGGAAAAUCAGCCAUAACUAACAGCCAUCUCUUAGGAUUGCCAAAGGACUUGUAUGUACCAAACUUGCUGAACUUCUCUGCAAGGACAUCAGCUAACCAGACACAGGAUAUCAUCAUGUCAAAAUUGGAUCGUAGACGUAAAGGCGUGUUUGGUCCUCCCAUGGGUAAGAAAUCUGUCGUGUUCGUUGACGAUCUGAACAUGCCACAGAAAGAGAAGUACGGAGCCCAGCCUCCGAUUGAGUUACUUCGACAAUGGCAGGAUCACGGUCAUUGGUAUGACAGGAAGGAUACAUCAAAACUUUUCCUCGUUGAUGUGUUGAUUGUAGCUGCUAUGGGCCCACCAGGUGGAGGUAGAAAUGAUAUUACUGGUCGUUUCACACGUCACAUGAAUGUGAUCACAAUAGAUGAGUUUGAGGACAGUACUAUGACGAGGAUAUUCACUAAUAUUACUGACUGGCACUUUGGCAAGGGAUUCGAGGGGGCAUUUGUCCGUAACGGAAAGCUAUUGGUUCAAGCUACUAUGGGUGUAUACAAAGAGGCAAUUGCGAAUUUCCUUCCCACACCUACAAAAAGUCAUUAUGUCUUUAACUUGCGUGACUUCGCACGUGUAAUUCGUGGUGUACUGUUGGUACCAGCCUCAUGCAUGACAGAAACAGAGAAACUACAUAGACUAUGGGUGCAUGAAGUAUAUCGAGUCUUCUAUGACCGUCUUACUGAUCAUGCAGACAGGGAAAAGUUUUUCUCUAUAGUAAAGGAGCAGUGUCAGGAUCAUUUCAAAGUUAAUAUUGACAAAGUGCUUGGUCACCUGUCUCGGAGUGGUACUGUUAUAGAUGACAAUGUUCGUAGCUUGUUCUUUGGUGACUACAUGCAGGCAGAAACGAAGGCGUAUAAUGAAGUUACAGAUUUCAAGGCUCUUACCGAAACUAUGGAAGGCUAUCUCGAUGAGUAUAACAUGAUUAGCAAAGCACCAAUGCAUCUAGUCAUGUUUAAGUUUGCUAUUGAACAUAUUUCACGUGUUAGCCGUGUAUUACUACAGGAUAAUGGACAUGCCCUUCUUGUUGGUAUUGGUGGUAGUGGACGUCAGAGUGCAGCUAAACUUGCAGCCUUUAUGGCAGAUUUCGACCUGUUUGUUAUAGAGAUUACUAGAAAUUAUACCUCCUCAGAGUGGAGAGAGGACAUUAAAAAGCUUUUCCUCAAAACUGGGAGUGAGGGCAAACCAACAGUGUUCCUGUUCACAGACACACAGAUCAAAGAUGAGUCAUUCAUGGAGGACAUCAGUAUGAUACUGAACACCGGAGAUGUACCAAACCUGUUUGCCCAAGAUGAAAAAGCAGAACUUACUGAGAAAAUGCAGGCAGUUGCUAGACAAGAGGGUAAGAAGAUGGAAGCGACCCCACUAGCGAUGUACAACUUCUUCAUAGAUCGUGUCAGACAGAACCUCCAUGUUGUUUUAGCUAUGAGUCCUAUUGGAGAUGCAUUUAGAAACAGAUUGAGAAUGUUUCCCUCACUUAUUAAUUGCUGUACCAUCGACUGGUUCCAGACCUGGCCUUCAGAUGCUCUAGAGAUGGUAGCUAACAAAUUCCUUGAAGAUGUAGAACUCGAAGAUAAUAUUAGACUCGGUGUUGUCAGCAUGUGUAAAGUUUUCCAUGAGAGUGUCUUUACACUCUCAGAAAGGUUCUUUGACUUGUUACGUCGCCAUAACUAUGUAACACCAACCUCCUACUUAGAAUUGAUUCUAACUUUCAAAAAACUGCUGGGGAUCAAACGAGAUGCCAUAAUGUUACUGAGAAAUAGAUACCUGACUGGUCUCGAGAAACUUGAGUUUGCCGCGUCACAGGUAUCAGUUAUGCAGCAGGAGCUGAGAGAUCUACAGCCAGAACUGAUCAAAACAUCGGCAGAAACUGAGAAACUUAUGAUCAAGAUUGAACAGGACACUGUAGAGGUGGAGGCGAAAAAAGAGGUUGUAGCGGCAGAUGAAGCUAUAGCUAACGAGGCAGCUGCAGCAGCUCAGGCAAUUAAGGAUGAAUGUGAAAGUGACCUUGCAGAGGCCAUUCCUGCCCUUGAGGCUGCCAUACAGGCUUUGAACACCCUAAAACCUGCUGAUAUCACUCUAGUCAAAUCUAUGAAGAACCCCCCACCAGUAGUGAAACUUGUGAUGGAGUCAAUUUGUGUAAUGUUUGCCUUCAAACCCGAGAGAAAACCAGACCCCUCAGGUUCUGGCAAGAUGGUUGAGGACUACUGGGGACCAUCUCAAAAGUUCCUGGGAGACAUGAAGUUUCUGGAUAAACUGAAAGCCUAUGAUAAAGAUAAUAUUGCCCCAGCCGUUAUCAAGAAAAUCAGGGACAAGUAUAUUCCAAACCCAGAGUUUGAUCCAGUGGUUAUCAAGAAUGCCUCCACAGCCUGUGAGGGUCUGUGUAGAUGGGUAAAGGCCAUGGACAUCUACGACAAGGUCGCUAAGGUCGUGGCACCAAAGAAGAUAAAGUUGGCAGGUGCUGAGUCAGAACUUGCUGUUCAGAUGGACAAACUGAAUGAGAAGCGUGCACAACUAAAGGAGGUGGCAGACAAAUUGCAAGCACUGAAUGAUGAGUUUGAAACAAUGACAAAGAAGAAGAAAGAGCUGGAAGACAACAUCGACCUUUGCUCAAAGAAACUGGACAGAGCCGAGAAACUGAUUGGUGGAUUAGGUGGAGAGAAGGACAGAUGGACUGAGGCAGCCAAAACACUUGGGGAAAAGUACACAAAUAUUACAGGAGACGUGUUGCUGUCAUCUGGUGUUGUAGCUUACCUAGGUGCCUUCACUGUUGACUUCAGAAAUGAUAUUACCCAAGACUGGCUGAGUGAGUGUAAGAAGAAAGAAAUCCCAUGCUCUAAAAUAUUCUCCCUGAAUCAAACACUUGGCGAUCCAGUGAAAAUUCGUGCCUGGAACAUAGCUGGUUUGCCAGUAGACAAUUUCAGUAUUGACAAUGGUAUUGUUGUGUACAACUCUCGCAGAUGGCCCCUGAUGAUUGAUCCACAAGGGCAGGCCAAUAAGUGGGUGAAAAAUCUGGAACGACAAAGUAAUCUUGGUGUAUUAAAACUUUCUGAUGCAAAUUAUCUAAGAUCAUUGGAAAAUGCUAUUCAGUUUGGUUCUCCAAUUUUGAUAGAAAAUGUGGGUGAGGAGCUUGACCCGAUUCUGGAACCAGUUUUACAGAAGUUAACAUUCCGGCAGCAAGGUGUAGACUAUAUCAAACUCGGCGACAAUGUUAUUGAAUACUCUCCAGAUUUCCGACUUUACAUAACAACCAGACUGAGAAGUCCUCAUUAUCUGCCUGAAGUAGCUGUCAAGGUAUGUCUGGUAAACUUCAUGAUCACCCCUCAAGGUCUCGAGGACCAGUUGCUGGGUAUUGUAGCUGCCAAGGAGAAGCCAGAACUGGAGGAGAAGAAAAAUGAAUUGAUUCUAGAAAGUGCAGCUAACCAGAAACAACUGAAAGAGAUUGAAGACAAGAUUCUCGAAGUGUUGUCAUCAUCACAGGGUAAUAUUCUAGAAGAUGAGACAGCCAUUAAGAUUCUUUCAUCAUCCAAGGUGCUGUCACAGGAGAUCGCAGCGAAACAAGAGAUCGCCGAGCAGACGGAGCAGAUGAUUGAUGAAACGAGGAACGGUUACAAACCUGUCGCCGUACACUCCUCUAUACUCUUCUUUUGUAUAUCGGAUCUCGCUAACAUCGAGCCUAUGUACCAGUACUCUCUUACAUGGUUUAUCAACCUUUAUCUGCAGUCAAUAAUGAACAGCCAACCUUCAGAGGAACUAGAAGAGAGAAUAUUCAACUUAAACGAUCAUUUUACCAACAGUAUAUACAAGAACGUGUGUCGCUCACUGUUUGAGAAGGAUAAACUGCUGUUCUCAUUUAUUCUCUGUGUUAACAUUCUCAAAGGACAAAAUAACCCAGCUGCAGGUAGAGUGGAUGAGGAUAUCUGGAGAUUUUUGUUGACAGGAGGUGUGGCUCUAGAGAAUCCUCACCCUAACCCCGCCCCUGAAUGGCUGAGUGACAAGUCAUGGGGAGAGAUUGUUAGAGCAUCCAAUCUACCAUCACUCAAAGGAUUAUUUGAACAUGUAAAUGAGCACAUAAGGGAGUGGAAGAAAAUGUACGACUCCCCACAACCCCAGGAUGUGAAAUACCCAUCUCCAUUUGAUGUGCUUCAAGGCAUGGAUAAGAUGGUGGUUCUAAGAUGUUUCAGACCAGACAAGAUGGUACCAGCUGUCCAGGAUUUCAUCAUUAAUAAUCUGGGUCAGACGUAUAUAGAACCACCAACAUUUGAUCUUGCAGGAUCGUUUGCAGACUCAAAUUGCUGUGCUCCUCUUAUUUUUGUGCUGUCCCCUGGUGCUGAUCCUAUGGCAGCAUUGCUGAAGUUUGCUGAAGACAAGGGUUUGAGCCAGGCGAAGGGAGAAAUUCAGACAAUAUCUCUUGGACAGGGACAGGGACCUAUUGCUGCUAAGAUGAUUGAGAAGGCUAUCAAGGAUGGUACAUGGGUUGUGCUACAGAACUGUCACUUAGCAACCAGCUGGAUGCCUAAACUAGAGAAAAUCUGUGAAGAGGUGAUUCGCCCUGAGGAUACACAUGAAAACUUCAGACUCUGGCUUACCAGUUACCCAUCAGACCAGUUCCCAGUUUCCAUCUUGCAAAAUGGUGUAAAGAUGACCAAUGAACCUCCAAAAGGACUGAAAUCCAACCUUCUGAGAUCUUUCCUAAAUGACCCUAUAUCAGAUCCUAACUUCUUUAAUGGAUGUAACAAGCCUGAAAGAUUCCACAAGAUGUUGAUGGGACUGUGUUUCUUCCAUGGUAUGGUACAGGAGAGACGUAAAUUUGGACCACUUGGUUGGAAUAUCCCCUAUGAGUUCAAUGAAUCAGAUCUCAGAAUCAGUCUCAGGCAGAUGCUUAUGUUCCUGAAUGACUAUGAGGAACUCCCACUACCAGCCCUGCAGUACCUGACUGGAGAGUGUAACUAUGGUGGUCGUGUGACAGACGACAAGGACAGACGUCUGCUUGUUUCUCUCUUGAGCAUCUUCUUCUGCAAGGAAAUUGUUGAAGAUGAUAACUACAGAAUAUCUGAGAGUGGGCUGUACUAUGCUCCACCGGAGUUGCCAUACCAAGGAUACAUUGACUACUUGAGAUCUCUACCACUCAAUCCAAGUCCUGAGGUGUUUGGUCUCCAUGACAACGCUGACAUUACCAAAGACAACCAAGAAACUCAAAUUUUGUUUGACAGUAUUUUGCUGACACUACCGCGACAGUCUGGCAAGGGAGGUAAAUCUGCCGGAGAUGUUAUACAAGAUUUAUCUGCCGAUAUCCUUGGAAAAAUGCCCCCUAACUUUGAUCUUGAAAUGGUUAUUAAAAAGUACCCAGUCGUCUAUGAUGAAUCAAUGAACACAGUACUCAGACAGGAGUUGAUACGAUUCAACAGACUAGUUACGGUGGUACGGUCAUCUCUAGUGAAUUUACAGAAGGCUAUCAAGGGUCUGGUUGUCAUGUCCUCCGAGCUAGAGGAAGUGUUUUCCAGUAUGAUGAACGGAAAAGUUCCCGCUAUGUGGGCCGCAAAGUCCUACCCAUCAUUGAAACCACUUGGCAGUUAUGUGACAGACUUGCUAGCAAGACUGAAGUUCUUCAAGGAUUGGAUAGAGCAUGGUGCUCCGGAAACAUUCUGGUUGUCAGGAUUCUACUUUACACAGUCAUUCCUUACUGUUUGUCCAUCAGUGUGUCAGUCUGUCCCGCAGUUCUUGUCUGGAGUAUUUCUUGGCAAUCAAUGGCUGGAAACUUUAAAGGAAGCUUCACCUCGACAGGAGAUGUCCAUGUUAUCUUCACAGUCCAGUUAG